CCGGGGCGGGGGCUUCACCUCUUCCCUCCUCCUCCGCCUCCUCGCGUUAGUUCCGGUCGCAGAGGAGACACUACCGCAGUUGCUGCCACCUCGGGGAUUUCUGGCUCUUUUCUCUUCGCCUUAAAUUCGGGUGUCUUUUAUGAAUAAUCAAAAGCAGCAAAAGCCAACGCUAUCAGGCCAGCGUUUUAAAACCAGAAAAAGAGAUGAAAAAGAGAGGUUUGACCCUACUCAGUUUCAAGACUGUAUUAUUCAAGGCUUAACUGAAACUGGUACUGAUUUGGAAGCAGUAGCAAAGUUUCUUGAUGCUUCUGGAGCAAAACUUGAUUACCGCCGAUAUGCAGAAACACUCUUUGACAUUCUGGUGGCUGGUGGAAUGCUGGCCCCAGGUGGUACACUGGCAGAUGACAUGAUGCGUACAGAUGUCUGUGUGUUCGCAGCACAAGAAGACCUAGAGACCAUGCAAGCAUUUGCUCAGGUUUUUAACAAGUUAAUCAGGCGCUACAAAUACCUGGAGAAAGGUUUUGAAGAUGAAGUAAAAAAGCUGCUGCUGUUCUUAAAAGGUUUUUCAGAGUCGGAGAGGAACAAGCUGGCUAUGUUGACUGGUGUUCUUCUGGCUAAUGGAACACUUAAUGCAUCCAUUCUUAAUAGCCUUUAUAAUGAGAAUUUGGUUAAAGAAGGGGUUUCAGCAGCUUUUGCUGUAAAGCUCUUUAAAUCAUGGAUAAAUGAGAAAGAUAUCAAUGCAGUAGCUGCAAGUCUUCGAAAAGUGAGCAUGGAUAACAGACUGAUGGAACUUUUUCCUGCCAAUAAACAAAGCGUUGAACACUUCACGAAGUAUUUCACUGAGGCAGGCUUGAAAGAACUUUCAGAAUAUGUUCGGAAUCAGCAAACCAUAGGAGCUCGUAAGGAACUCCAGAAAGAACUUCAAGAACAGAUGUCCCGUGGUGAUCCAUUUAAGGAUAUAAUUUUGUAUGUCAAGGAGGAGAUGAAGAAAAACAACAUUCCAGAACCCAUUGUCAUCGGAAUAGUGUGGUCCAGUGUAAUGAGCACUGUGGAAUGGAACAAAAAAGAGGAGCUUGUAGCAGAGCAAGCCAUCAAGCACUUGAAGCAAUACAGCCCUCUACUUGCUGCCUUUACAACUCAAGGUCAGUCUGAGCUGACUCUGUUACUGAAGAUUCAGGAGUAUUGCUAUGACAACAUUCAUUUCAUGAAAGCCUUCCAGAAAAUAGUGGUGCUUUUUUAUAAAGCUGAAGUCCUGAGUGAAGAACCCAUUCUGAAGUGGUAUAAAGAUGCACAUGUUGCAAAGGGGAAAAGUGUCUUCCUUGAGCAAAUGAAAAAGUUCGUAGAGUGGCUCAAAAAUGCUGAAGAAGAAUCUGAGUCUGAAGCUGAAGAAGGUGACUGAAUUUUGAAACUACACCCUCAGUAAAGCAAACAGGAGUUGUAGAUAAAAUGUCAUGUCUCAUGUGUCCUGGUUCUUACAUCUUCCUACCUCCCUAUAUCAAGCAUGAUAUAAGGGCUUUCAUGGCAAAUUUUAUUUUAACUGUUUCUAUGGUUACUGGAAAUGUUGGCUUUAGUUUCUAAAACCAUGUUUGAGGUAGCUAUAGGAGCUAUAGAUUUGAAUCUAAUGUUGCAUUAGUCUUUUCAGUUAUCUUCUACCUCCUGUAUUUUCUACUGUAAUAAUGUAAUUUAAGGCCUUCCACAAUGAACAGUUCACUUUAUUCCCUGGGUUUUCUAUAUGAACAGUUUUCAAGAUAUGAUUUGGUUAAAAAUAAUUUGUUAUAAAAAUUCUGUUUGCAAAUUAAACUGUAAAAGUAUCCAAAGUCUCAGAAAGUAAUGAUUUGUGUCAUAAUUUGGUAUGCCCAAAGCCCUGCUUAUCAAUGAAAAUCUCAUAUACAAUAAUUGAAUUCAUUAACAUGAAUCUUGAGUAUUUGGACCAUUGCUUGCAUGUUAAUAUUUUCUUGCAUUUUUAACCCCAAAUGUGCUUGAGCCCAAUUGUUUGCUCUCUGAUUUUCAUUCCUUAAAAUGAAGCCAUGGAGAACAAGUGAGGUCUUUGGGAAAUUGUAUGUGGCAGAGGUGGUGGGAAGAAGAAAAUAGAGCUUUUUCCCAUUGAGAAACUUCUGCAUUCAUUUUGUAUCUUUCCAGACAAAACAUGGGUAAUUCUUUUCAUACAACCAUCUUCAAAGAAAAGUCUUGUCAUCUAAAGUAUUAAAUUUAUCAUACACUUAGAUUGGUAAGAAAGGACUCAUAAAAUAGUGUGAGAAAAGCAAAUGACUGUUCUAAACAACUAAAAUGGUUGAAAGAAAAGAAACAACUAAAUUGUUGUCAGCAUGUUCUAAUUGGGACUCUAAAUAUAACUCCCAUUUCCUGUUGGCUUAGAGUAUUUGUUGUAAAGAAUGAAGUGCAGUGAUAACCAUAUAUUCCUACUUGGUCAUACUGGUCCAGCUUCAUUCUCUUCACAAAUUUCACUAAUGAUUCAAGCAUCUGGCUAUUAACUUACCUAGUUGCCAUUUUUUAAAUAGCCAUGAGCCAAAUAUCUCCUAUACAGUUGAUCUAUUUAUUUUAAUGGUUGCCUUUUACUUUCCAUCUUUCUUUUCUUGCUGCUACCCAUCUUUAUAUGUAGUUGUUAGAAAAACAAAAUGUGGCCACAUUUUUUGGUGGAAAGAAUUCAUGUUAAAAACGAGUAUUUUCACAGUUUUUUGAUUGUUGAAAGAAACGAGCUUGGAAUAAUGCCACCAGAGACUGCAUGGAAAUUGCCCCUUUCAAAGGUGCCAUUCUUAAGAGCCAAGAAUUUCGUGUUUAGAAACUCAUCUUGACGGAGUAACAUGUAAUAUAGUUUGAAAUAAAGGUAUUAUAACCUUAUGAAGAAGAGCAUUAUAACUGAUACCAUUGUGAGUGGGGUGAAAUUGUUAAAUGAAUAACUUUGAUAAAGCUUUCCUGCACAGGCAAAAUGUAUUCACUAGGUUUCUACGUAGUGAUCUGCUUUUACUUUGUAACUUGUAGUCCUUAAAAGACUUUUUUAAAAAAAAUAAAGUCCAUCCUUACACUUAGGUUUAUAUAGGUCAGUCUUCUUUUUUAAUUUUUUAUUUUUUUGUAAAUUCCAUGUUAAUACCUGGUGAUAACUGUAUGUUAUGCUUUCAGAUGUCUCUGCUGUAUAAGCAUUAAAUAAUUGCUCUUUUCAUUCUCAUGACUCCCAAACUGUAAACACCUACACGGAAUUCUAAUGUAGCGGAAGCCACAUUAACAUUUCUGCAACAAAUCAUUGCAUGUUACUGCAGUACAAAGUGUACCCUGUUUAUUAUAUACUGUGUAUAGUGAAAGAGUGUGUAGUCUUCGAGAACUACAUUAUGAUCUUUGUAUGAUCAUAGAGUUUUAUCCUUCAUAAUGAUAAAGUAGUGUUUACUUACUACAGUGUUUGGUAAAUGGGUAAGUCACCUGUGACCGUGUAGUGUAAAGAAAGGGAAUGCUUCCUAAAAAGACUUAAAAGAUUUUCAUUUUGAAUUUUAAGUGGCAGUUUGAAACUCAGCUACUAGUGCCAACUCAUGGCCUCAAAUAUGUAAUUCUUGGUACACAUGUUAAAACUGUACUUGUAAUUAUGAUUGGAUAAAUGUUAAUUGAUUUUCCUAA